CUACCUUUGUCCGCCAUUACGAUGCAGAACGUGUACUUCCCGGAGCCCACGCCGACACCUCCGCCUCCACAGACCGGACGGAAGGUCCCACGCACAGAUGGACGCAGUGGAGAUGAGUUCCGUGCGUGCUUCAUGCGCUGUGGUGUCUUGAGUCAUGCUGCUGGAUCGGCGUACGUUGAAUAUGGCCAAACGCGCGUAGUGUGUGCUGUGUAUGGCCCUCGCGCCGAAAUGAACCCUCGACAGACGAAAGGACAACCCGUCGUGUGUGAAAUCAAGCUUCCGUCCACGAUGGCGACGUUUGAGUCCGAGUUUGGCAACCUCAUGCGCCAAGCGUUGGAACCUGCAAUCCUCGUCAACAAGUUCCCCAAGUGCCAGCUGAGCAUCCAUGCAGUCGUGUUGGAAGGACAUGGCAGCGAAUUGAGUGCCGCGAUUACGUGUGCGUCGUUGGCGCUUGUGGACGCCGGAGUCGAGAUGAUUGACAUGGUCGCGUCAUGCAGUGCUGGAGCAUGGCAAGGAGACAUCGUUCUUGACCCAACAACCGACGAACAGGCAUCGACACACGUGCUUGUUGCAUUCAUGGCCGCCCAAGGACAGAUUACUCAUCUCAUGCAGCAGGGAAAACUCAGCUACGAUCGUGUCCAGGAAGCUAUCACGCUGUGUACGGACGGGUGCGCGGGUGUCCUCAGCACCAUGAUGCGCGCCUGCGUUGUGGACACCUUGAAGCGGUAAUACCUGAUAUUCUAGUUUCUCGUUGAAGCAUUGCAAAAUGUAGGAAAUUUGAAAUAUUUUUAUCGAUUUAGGUUUUAUCGAUUUAACGUAG